UUAUAGCAGGGUACUGUUAUGGUCACGGAGUUGAAUGGAGACAAGUGGAUGAGAUGAAUCUAGUCCAACUAGUGUUGACAUUUCUAGGCUUAUGGUCCAUAGCGGCACAGGUUUUGUCCCUGGAUACAUUGACUCUGGACAAUCACUGCACCAAGACGUUGCCUGAGUACCGUAGAGGUCACAUCCAGAAACUAAGUGUACUCAACGUUGUCAGUUUCUGCAGUGAUCCACAGGCCUAUAGUCAGUGUAUCCUGGAUUCAAGACGUGAUAACCACACAAAUCAGACAUACAUGGUCAAAUUGUUCGAGAAACAAUUUCCUAAAGAGUACGAUCUUAAGCGUGCGGCAUAUAUCCUAUGUACCAAAGGCACGACAUACUUGUCAAAGUUCGCUUCAUUUGACUACAAAGUUUUAAUUGACUGCGAGAUGUCCGCUGACAUUGACCAAUGUGAGAUCGAAGCCACCUCGGCCGAGAGAUUACAAAUCUUAACGGCAGCCUUUGCCUCCAACAACCAAGCGGAUAUCGAGCAACAUUCAUGCAAACUGUCACUAGACUACAUGAAGUGUAUCCAAGCCCAGUACACCAAAUGUAAUAAGCAUUUUAAGGACUUUUUUAUUUAUCAGUUUGCUCGCCUUGGCCCAGCCUGUCUAUUGGAGCACCAGUUUUAUAACAAGUUGAUUCUCACGGACAAGUGCAUGGCAAAUUUACCCAUAACCAGCGGGGCGUUGUUAGUCGGAACAGGGGCGUGGUCUUUUAGGACAGGGUCGUGGCUGAUGUUUGCUGUAGCCUUUGUUAAUAGUGUAGGGCGUGUCCAUAUGCUCAGAUAAAAUCUGGCUUGCUUAGUUCUUGGCUAUCUUCUGUAGCUGGGUGCAACAAAAUAUGUUUUGAAAAUGUUUUUAUUUUUAAGUAUUAUCUAGGAAAACAUUAAAAAGUUAUUU